AUGUCUGGUGUUUUAGGCCCAGCAUCGAUGCCAUCCACCUCCCCUGCAUCCGUGGUGCAAGCGAUCAACUCAACCAUCUCACAGACCUCCGGAAAUACACUCCUUCCUUCGCCACGCGAACUACUCUCACUUCCACUCCGCGCCCUACACCAUGCGGAAACAUUUGCCUUCAACACCGUUCCACAACAUAUUGCCCGACUGGCUGGGAUAGAGAAUAUCAGUCUGAAUCUAUGGCCAACUGCUGCGCCAGAGACCGGGCAAAAUAUCGCACACGAAGCCUUGAAUGCCGCCGCAGAGAUCGCGGCCGGUGCUCCCGAGGUGGUGGAACAGGUGGAGAACUGGUACCUGGCGGAACUCACGUCAACGAUGCGGAAAGUCGGUGGCUUCUUUGGGUAUUUGACCAGCAUAUGGUCUUUUGCAUGCUUGGUAGAGGCCUUAAUCCUGAACCGAAUCACCAUCUACGCAUCUACGCGCCGACACCUACAACUGGGAUGGGAGAGACGCCUUGCUAUGCGCAUCAUUCCUAUCGUUCUUUUUCUCUCGCAGAUAUUGUCCUUGACCCGUGGAAUCCGGUGCCAAACCUCCCCUGACUUUUCGGCAAUGCGCUAUGGGAGACCAGGGAAGCCGUUAGUGUUUGACUACGCAACUGGCGGGGGCUCAUUGCACUGGCUCGCAUCGAGCCUCUUGCCAUGGGAAUCCGAUGAGCAAGCUUGCAGUGCUGUGAAUAUGAUGCGAACGGAAACUGCUCAGACCAUUCCAUAUGGAUCCUUCGCGCUUCUAUGGCCGGUUUUCAUCAUCUUAUGCCUCAGCCAUUUUGUGGAAACCCUUUCUUGCGCACUACAAGGACGACCUGUUAUGACGGAGACAGGAAUGUCGAUUUUCGAACACUCCCUUGCCUUUGCGGAAGCCGAAUCUAUGAUCAGUAAAUCGAUUGGACUUGGCAUGUUUGGCCUUGCGAAACAAAAUCCCCUUACACAGGGUUCAACUGCAGAAAGUUCGGCAUCGCCUCUCCAAAUGCUAACUAGAGCUCAAGUUUUGGAGCGCAUGAACGUCACGCCGGAGCUUUUACUUAUUGUGUUGAUAUCGUGCUGCAACAGUUUGACAUCGCACAUCCUUGAAGUCUUUGGCAAACAAAGCCGAUACCGGCUUGCGAAUACUGCUGUCUGGGGGGCUUGCUUCAUGGCUGCCAUGUGCUGGGGAUUGGAGAGGGGCCCACCUAUAAGCCUCGACACCGGUGUCCUCAAAUUCCCAACUGUUUGCAUCGUCGGUUUCAUUCCUCAUUUACUUGUUCUAUUUGGGGUUUUGAUAUGCGUCACAAUCUAUGGAUUGGCUUUGACUAUCACUGCAUUCUCUUUGGCACCCGAGGGAAACCGUACCCUCACUCUCCGAGAGAAAUUUAUGGUGGCCAACGAAAACAUGCAGGGGGCCAGCCAGAUUCGUAACAUCCGUUUCAACCGACAUGAGGAUUUCUACACCACUUUGCUGCGCGUUGGCUAUGUGGCGUUAACGGCUGCGAGUGAAGCUGUCUUCUUGAAUGAAGGCAAGACGGUGAUCGCAAGGCAAAUGACUUGGCUAGAACAUGAUCGACUGGCCGAAAUCGAAGCCUCCCGACAGCGCAACUCGUCACGCGGAAACUGGGUCAGUGAGGGUGAGGGAACAACACCUUUUGACCCGACCAGGUUUGCUAGUUUUGAGUUGCCCGAUGACGCUUCAACCUGGGAAAGCGGAUACGGACGAGAGAAGAAGAUCGAGAAGCCAAAGAAUGGCUCACGAGCGACACAGUCCCAAGCUGAACUUGGAGGUGUUGGCGCCGUCCGGUCUUCCGUCCGAUUAUGGCAUGGUUUUUCUUUCUUCCGCGCCAUAUUCUCGCUCAUUGCGCGUUGGGUUGCCUGUGGUUUCAGUAGAUUGCUUGACCGUAUGGGUAUCCACUCUCGGCCACAGUGGUUGAAACGAUUGGCAGGGUCGCGUCAAAACCGAAAGGCUGCCAAAAUUUCCUCGCCAGAAUUUUUAGACUUCUGGAUCCUCACCGAUGAUGGAGUGCUUCAACUUCCAGAGAACCAUGAUUUCGACGUCGAAUUAGAAAUGAGGAAGCAAGAGAGCUCCAGCCGACAACGAUGGGAACUACCUGAUGAGAGCCGACUGGAAGAGAAAAUGUACCGGUGGUGGAAGGUUGGUGGGUCCUGGGGUAAUCAAGAUCAUACUCCGGAUUACAAACCUCCUCUUUACGAAGACGACUUGACCAGUGUCGUAUCAUUUUCCACCAACGCCUCCGAGUCCGAAUGGGAAGAUUACCCAUCUGAUGGUCGCCGGACCCCCACUCAAUCCAAUCCCCAUGGGUUCUCUCGGGAGAAUUCACCCCUUCAAGAUUCCCACCUGGAUAUGGGAACGUUUGCUCGUCUCCUUGACCCUCGUGACCGUGAGAGCAGAGAAGAAGCACGCAUCCUUGCUGCCCACCUCACCCCGGGACGCGAGAACCGCAUCAUGACCCGCAGUCAAUAUCGAAAGCAGGUAGAACUGGAUAGAUCCCGUGUCCUGCUUUCCUCCCGUGUUCAUCACGCCGGCUCUAGGGCAACUGCCGAAAAGCACAAACCAAACCCCGAAGAAGAAACCGAGUUGCUGGAGCAUCUGAUCAUUUCUCGGCGCUCAGAAACUGCACCUACUGGCGACGUCCACAGCUGGGAAGAGGGUGCCAUGGGAUUGGGUCCAAAUGGACCGCCCUGUGUGGUUUGUCAGACAAGCCCUCGGUCUGUUAUUACCUGGCCAUGUCGUUGCCUUUGCAUUUGUGAAGAUUGUCGUGUUAGUCUGGCUAUGAAUAAUUUUGGAAGCUGUGUCACUUGUCGUCAGGAUGUGACUGGUUUCAUGCGUCUAUGGGUUCCUUGA